AAACCAUGUUGUCUAUGCACAAAAUGUCUUUUACGAAAUCGUAGUGAUGGUGGCUGGCUUCCUUGUAAACGAAGCGUCGUAAUUUGUAGUUAAUUUGUUAAUCUCAACACAAUUUUGGUCGUUGAUCGAUCUCAAUAUUAGUGACUUAAGUGCUCAAGAAGUUUCACAACAAAUCGCGAUGAGUUCAAGUGUCUGUUACAAGUGCAACCGGACGGGGCACUUCGCCCGCGAGUGUACGCAGGGCGGCGUCGGCGGCCGCGACUCGGGCUUCAGCCGUCAGCGGGAGAAGUGCUUCAAAUGCAACCGCACCGGCCACUUCGCUAGGGAUUGCAAGGAAGAAGCCGACCGUUGCUACAGAUGUAACGGAACGGGGCACAUAGCGCGCGAGUGCGCGCAGAGUCCCGACGAGCCGUCGUGCUACAACUGCAACAAGACGGGGCACAUCGCGCGGAACUGCCCCGAGGGCGGGCGGGACACCUCCAACCAGACCUGCUACAACUGCAACAAGUCUGGACACAUCUCGCGCAACUGCCCCGACGGCACCAAGACCUGCUACGUCUGCGGCAAGCCCGGGCACAUCUCGCGCGACUGCGACGAGUCCGAGCGGAAUUAACACACGCUCCCAACACUAUAUUACUAUAAAAAACAUGUAUAUUACGAAGCCACACACGGACGAUAAGCAAAGGACGCGAUAUGCGAAUCUAGAUCGUAAGACCAUACGACGUAUGAAAUUUGUUCAAAGGAAUUUAAUACCGGAAGCGACGGAGACACGGCGUGUACAUAGUCUCGCGCGUACUGCGCGCGCGCACGUUAAAGUUUGUUCUGCACGGUGAAGUUAUUGUGUUUUAAAUCAUUUAAUAAUCGUGAUUGAACUAUUGAUGAGGUAGCGUUACAGUUUUUAGCAUUACAGAGUAUAUAUUUAAUAUAUUUUGUACAGAUUUUUUUGUCAAAAGAUAAAUUGGAUGCUGGCGUACUAUGAGUUUUCAAUGGAAGAGUGGAGGACCCCCGGACUCUCUUGUUCGUCUUUUCGUUCUCGCGGUCGGACUUCAUUAUGAAACUGAGGGUGAUUUAAUUUUAUUGAUUCCUUUGUUUAUGAGAUCCUGGUAACUUGUGGAGAAUUCAGUGGUUAAUUAGAAUUUCAUCAAUCACAAUAUUUUUUAUUUUGUUAUCCCUGUCUUUGUGCCUGUGUUUGAUACACGUCAAUGUUACUCGGCUUACAGUGGGAGAUAAUAAAAAUCUUGCCUUAUGA